UUCACGAGAGUCUACCAAGACUGUUUUUUGGGACCCUCUUUCCGUUGAGAGAGUAUACUGAACAAAUUUCUCGAACUCUUCUUUUAGAGAGGAGUUCCUUUUCUCCAGAUCGGCCAUCACCUGCCGCCUUCUGUUGGUGGGUCGCGCCAUCACCUGUCGCUUCCUUCUUCUCCAGAUCGGCCGUCGCCUUGUGGGUCUCCUCCUUGGUCGCGCCAUCGCCGCCUCGUGCUUCCAGAUCCGCCGCCGCAAGCCGCCGGGAUUCCUCUCCAGAUCGGCCGUCGCAGUUGUCGUCGCCUGGUGGGUCUCCUCCUUGGUCGCGCCAUCGCCGCCUCGUGCUUCCAGAUCCGCCGCCGCAAGCCGCCGGGAUUCCUCUCCAGAUCGGCCGUCGCCUGGUGGGUCUCCUCCUUGGUCGCGCCAUCGCCGCCUUUGCUUCCAGAUCCACCGCCGCAAGCCGCCCGUCGCCCUUAUCAUCGUCUCCUGCCACCUCCUUCUUCCAGAUCACCCGUCGCUGUUGUCGUCUCCUUCAUUGCUGAUCGGAUUUGUGACACCUAUUUUCUAGGGACUGGUGCUAUUUUAGUGAAUGUAAUGUGGAGAAUAGCUCAUCAUUUAAUCUGUUUCCUUGUAUGAACUCUGUUGUACCAUGUAAUAACUGGAAAUAAGUUUCCACAUAUAUGCAUCCAGGUUCCGGGAACAAGAUUUUACAUGGUACACAAGCUGUGAUAUCCCGCAGGCAUGAUGUUUAGUAAAAUUGCAGAGUUUGUAUCUGCUGCUAUAAAUCAUUCAUCGUCCCCAAAGUCUUCUACUCUGCCCUAUGUCUCAUCUGGACUGUCACCUCCAACAAAUUCUGUUCAUGGCUACGGUUUUGCAAACUCUGGACAGAAGAAUAGUAUGCGAUUCUCAUCUUCUCUCCAAGAUUUUUCCACUUACCACCAUCUUGAUCAAGAAGGAGGUGAUCUUAACUCUGGAAUUGAUGGGGAUUUGAAAAAUGCAAAACAGGGUUAUUUCUCACAUAAUAGAGGAAGUGGUGCGUCAAGUUUUUCAAAGGAGAAGGCACCAUCAGGAAGUCCUCGCGCACGAAAGAAGUGGAUGCGUACUAUCAUGGUUCUAGUUUGCCUUCUGUUAUUUGCUUCUCUUAUAUAUAUGUUACAGUUGUAUUAUUCCAAUUGGUCUAAAGGAACUUCCAAGUACUAUGUUGUACUGGAUUGUGGUAGCACUGGGACUCGAGUUUAUGUAUAUCAGGUGUCUGUAAAUUACAAUAACAAUGGCAGUCUUCCUAUUUUUUUGAGAUCACUACCAGAAGCACUCCAGAGAAAACCUAGCUCAGAAAGUGGGCGAGCUUACAACAGAAUGGAGACUGAACCUGGGUUUGACAAAUUGGUGCACAAUGUCUCUGGCUUGAGGAAAACAAUACAGCCACUAAUUCGGUGGGCUGAGAAGCAAAUACCGAAGCAUGCACAUAAGACCACUUCUCUGUUCCUUUAUGCUACAGCAGGGGUGCGCAGGCUACCAAUUUCAGACUCGCAAUGGCUUCUUAAUAAUGCAUGGUCCAUUUUAAAAAGCUCACCUUUCUUUUGUCGGAGAGAGUGGGUUAAAACUAUUAGUGGCACGGAGGAAGCAUACUAUGGAUGGAUAGCUUUGAACUACCACACUAGGGUUUUGGGAGCUAUUCCAAAGAAAACAACAUUUGGUUCACUUGACUUAGGUGGUUCAUCCUUGCAGGUUACUUUUGAGAGUAAGGAGCAAUUGCAUAAUGAGACGAGUUUAAAGUUGAGCAUUGGUCCCGUUAACCAUCAUCUCAAUGCCUAUUCACUCUCAGGGUAUGGUUUGAAUGAUGCAUUUGACAAGUCCGUGUUCUAUCUUCUCAAGAAACUUCCAAAAACCAAUAAUGUAGAUCUAGCAAGUGGAAACAUUGAGAUCAAACACCCUUGCCUGCAAUCUGGUUACAAGGAUAAAUAUUUCUGUUCUCAUUGUGCUUCAGCUUACCAAGAAGGUGGGAGUCCUUCAAGCAGUGCAAAAAUUUUGGGUAAAGGGGGAAAGCCUGGGAUUACCAUCCAGCUCAUUGGUGCACCAAAAUGGGAAGAAUGCAGGGAGCUUGCUAAAGUUGCUGUCAAUUUGUCUGAAUGGUCUGAUCAAAGUCCAGGAAUCGAUUGUGAGUUGCAGCCCUGUGCUCUUACUCAUAAUCAGCCUCGUCCAUAUGGUCAAUUUUAUGCAAUGUCUGGUUUCUUUGUGGUGUAUCGCUUUUUUAACUUGAGUUCUGAUGCGGCACUUGAUGAUGUGUUAGAGAAGGGUCAUGGUUUUUGCGAGAAAUCUUGGGACAUUGCAAAGAAAAGUGUUAAACCUCAGCCUUUUAUAGAGCAGUAUUGUUUUAGAGCGCCAUAUAUUGUGUUCCUGUUGAGAGAGGGCCUACACAUUUCUGAUAGCCAAUUGAUUAUUGGUUCUGGAAGUAUUACUUGGACUCUUGGGGUGUCCCUGGUUGAAGCUGGGAAAGCAUUUUCAGCCAGAAAAGAGCUUCACAGAUAUGAAAUACUCCAGAUGAGGAUAAACCCAGUCAUUCUUCUUGCCAUUUUGUUUGGUUCACUUCUUUUCUUAAUUUGUGCAUUAUCAUUUAUUGGCAAUUCGCUGCCACGAUUGUUCCGCAGACCAUAUCUUCCCCUUUUCAAGCAUAAUAGUGCAUCAUCUGCCUCUGUCCUCACGCCUUUCCGUUUUCAGAUUUGGAGUCCUAUAAAUUCAGGGGAUGGAAGAGUUAAGAUGCCACUAAGUCCGACAGUUGCAGAUGCCCAACAGAGACCUUUUGGCUCGGGACACGGUUUCAGUGGCAGCGGCAUCCAGCUCGCUGAAUCUUCUUCCCUGUAUCCGGCAACUGGCAGCAGGGUCUCGCAUAGUUAUUCCUCAGGAAGUUUGGGUCAAAUGCAAUUUGACAAUAGUAGCAUGGGCUCAUUCUGGUCCCCUCACAGAAGUCAGAUGCGUCUUCAGAGUAGGAGAUCACAGUCUCGAGAAGACCUCAAUUCUUCUCUUGUUGAAGCACACUUGGCAAAAGUUUAACGCAAGCUUCUGAAGAUUUUUGGGACCUUUUUGGUCGUCUCGGUUGCAGGCACCACAAUGAGAUGAUUUAUCUUGGAAUCAAUUACAGUAGAUUCUGUUGACCGUUGGCUUUGGGUUAAAAGAAAAAAAAAUAUAUAUGAGGCUAUGGUUCUAUUGGUCAAAAUCCCGGGUCAUUUUUACUGCCCCUUGGCCUUGGGGUAUUUUCAUGAAGCUUGGGAAGCAGAAGCGGCAGCACCUUUAUAUUGAAAAACCCUCCGAGGCCCUUCUCCUACGUGAGUAAUUAACCCACCUGGCAGCCACGGCCAGUGUGAUUGCUGGACCUGAUCCGAAGAAGUGUUAAAGAGUUUAGUCAGAUGAACCAAACGAACGACAAGCUAACUUUUGAUGGAUUACAAUUUUGUCAUACAUGUAUUAUGUUAAUGUAGGAGGAUUUUGAUUUUGGAGGAAACAUUUAAUGUAUCUAACUUGCACUGAGAAAUAAACGAAAGAUAAAAAGAAUAUUGAAUUGUUCCAUAUUUGUAUA